UGGGAGAUCCCUGAUAAUGCAGAAAAAGGCUAUAUUUUGGAAGUUGAUCUUGACUAUCCAUAUAAAUUAUAUAAAGCUCAUACUUCAUAUCCUUUAGCUCCUGAAAAUAUCAAGAUUUCUAAAGAGGAAAUGACAUUACAAUUUUAUAUAAAGCAAGGAAUGGUACUUACCAAAAUUUACCGAGCUAUAGAAUUUAACCAAAGUCCAUGGAUGAAGCCUUUUAUGGAAGAAUUGGCAAGAUCUUAUUUUGUUAGACCAGAAGGAGAAUCAAAAAAGUUUAAAAAAUUAGUAGCUGAUCCAAAUUAUAAGUUACAUAGAAUUUUAGCAGAAAAUUUAGUAGGUAUUUCUCGUCAUCAAUCAAAAGCUAGACUUAGUAAACCUAUCUUUAUUGGUAUAUCUGUCCUUGAUGAAAAUAAUGUAGAAGUAGUAUAUACUGAUACUGAUUCUCUUAUAUUACUUAUUCAAACUGAGAAUGUUUAUAAAGAUAUGGCAGAAAUGUAUGAAUAUUUUGAUUUUAGUGAUUAUAAGCCAGAACAUCCUAUAUACAAAGCUCUUGGAAAAGAAAAGAUUAUUUUGAAUAAAAAAGUUCCUGGUAAGUUUAAGGAUGAAAGUUGUGGUACUGCUAUGUGGAAAUUUUGCAGACCAAGACCUAAGCUCUAUAGUUAUAAUCUUGCUAAUGGGAAAACAGAUCGAAGAGCUAAAGGGAUACAAAAGGUAGUAAAAAAGAAUCUUACUCAUGAUAUGUAUGAAGAUUGUUUAAAAUCUCAAAAAGAAUGUAUAGUAACAAUGCAUAAAUUAGGAAGUAAAAACCAUAUUAUCAGACUUCUUCAUUCAUCUAAAGUUG